AUGCGUUUCUCCAGUACCGUGCUAGCCACGGUGCUGUCGACUUUACUUCCUGUUACACAGGCUGGUCCUGUACUCAUAGCACCACGCCCCCCGCUGCUCCCCAGCAACGGGGACUUCCACGGCUUCGACAAUUCGAUAUUAGAUCGAAAGGCCAAGGUUGCGAUCUCUUCCAUCUCGAACACCACCGACGACGACGGCAGCGUCUCGACAAUACAGUCCAGCUGGAUCAACGCCCAGCCCCCCGAGAUCCGCCUCCUCCCCCGGUCCAGCUUCUCCUCCGACGCCAGCGCCGUCGUCCAGCCCAACACGCCGGCCAAGGACAAGUUCGUCCUCAAGCGCUUCAUCUUCGGCACCGACAACCGGUACCACUGGAACCUCCAGGUAUUUCCCUACCGCGCCGUCGGCCGCAUCUCCUGGAGCUCCGGGGUCAUCUGCUCCGGCGCCCUCGUCGGCCCCCGCCACGUGCUGACGGCGAGGCACUGCCUCCCCAAGGCGGGGGACAGGCUCACCGGCCGCUUCGCGCCCAGCUUCGACGAGGGCGUCGAGCGUGCGGGAGGGGCCAAUAUCAAGGUGGCGCUGGCCAGCCAGCCCGUGAGCAAUGACAGGGAUGGGUGCGGGACCAAGUUUGACUGGGCGGUGCUGGUGCUGGACGACACACUGGGGGACAAUGUAGGGUGGUUUGGGGUGCGGACUCCCCAGAAGGAGUACUUUGACAUGCCUGUGUUCUACCACAUGGGAUACCCGGGGGAUAAGGACGGCGGGUCACAGCCGAAUCUCAUGACGCAUAUUACCGUGUUUGGGGACAGGACAUUUGACUGUGAUGGGACGGGGCCGUUCUAUACGGAUACGGAUGCAGUUGGUGGGCAGUCGGGAGGGCCGCACUGGCUGCCGGAUGAAGAGGGAAACAGGUGGAUUUGGGGCGCAUUGUCCAUUGGCGUGAGUUACGGGGCGGGCCAGGGAUACUCUGGCUUCUCCUCCGGGGCAGAGAUGAUCGAUGCCAUCAACCAGAUGCGGGAGGAGUUUCCGUGA